CUUCUCGCACAGUGUGCAACUCCGCCAGCAGAUGCCGCUUCAUUACCUCCAGUAAUUCAUCAAAGCCUUCCACUUCCUGCCGAGCAGCUCAGUUCAGGAAGAAGAAAUAAUGGCGACGCUUAUGGGGUCCGAGUCCCCCUGUACUGGAGGAAAACGAAGACAUUGCACUGGCAAUAUCGUCACUAAGUUCACGGCUAGUAAAAUCACCGGCCAGGGGUUCAGUCGAGGGACGCAGCUACCAGGAGGCCUGCUCCAGGAGAGAGAUAAACGAGCCAAGUGGCAUGGCAUCCCCGCGCUGCUGCAGAGGCUCCACGAGAGCAGCCAUCCCAACAGUGAUCUCUCCCAGGCCCACAGCUUUCUUAAGGUAUUAUCAUCCCAGCUCUCCAUGGAGGCCAUGUCUUUCGUUACGGAGGACAGGAAGACCGCUCAGGAAUCCACCUUCCCCAACACGUACACCUUUGACCUCUUCGGUGGAGUCGAUCUGCUUGUGGAGAUCUUGAUGAGACCCACAUUAACUAUGCAGAAGAAAAAACCCAAUAUGAAUGAUGACUUGGUCAAGGACUGCCUUAGUGUUCUCUACAACUGUUGUAUAUGUACGGAGGGGGUCACAAAGAGCCUGGCAGCGAGGGAUGACUUUGUUCUGUUUCUCUUCACCCUGAUGACAAACAAGAAGACCUUCCUACAGACCGCUACUCUAAUUGAAGAUAUUCUCGGAGUCAAAAAGGAGAUGAUCCAUUUAGAGGGCAUCCCCAACCUGUCCGGCCUGGUCCAAAGCUUCGACCAACAGCAGCUCGCCAACUUCUGCCGCAUCCUGUCCGUCACCAUCUCAGAACCUGAUGUGGGAAACGACGACAAGCACACCCUGUUGGCCAAAAACGCCCAGCAGAAACGCAUCGCCAGCCCCUCGCGGGCCGAGGUCAACCAGGUUACCCUGCUGAACAUCCCCGGCUUCAUAGAGCGUCUGUGUAAGCUGGCCACUAGAAAGGUGUCUGAAGCCACCGGAGCGAACUUCCUGCAGGAGCUGGAGGACUGGUACACGUGGCUGGACAACGCGCUGGUGCUGGACGCCCUCAUGCAGAUGGCCACAGAGGAGGCGGAACAAAGCAGUACAGAGUCAUCAGAUGAGAGUUCCCUGGCCACCAGUCCUCUGAGACAUCGACUGCCUCAGUCCAUGAAGAUCGUCCAUGAGAUCAUGUACAAAGUGGAGGUGCUGUACGUGCUGUGUGUCCUUCUGAUGGGCCGACAGAGGAACCAGGUCCAUAAGAUGCUGGCUGAGUUUCGUCUCAUCCCGGGACUCAACAACCUGUUCGACAAGCUCAUCUGGAGGAAAUACACGGCCUCCAACCACGUGGUCCACGGGCAGAACGAGAACUGCGACUGUAGUCCAGAAAUAUCCUUUAAGAUCCAGUUCUUGAGGCUACUUCAGAGUUUCAGUGAUCACCACGAGAACAAAUACCUCCUGCUGAACAGCCAGGAGCUGAAUGAACUGAGUGCCAUAUCGAUGAAGGCGAACAUCCCCGAGGUGGAGGCGCUGGUGAACACAGACAGGAGCCUGGUGUGUGACGGGAAGAAGGGGCUCCUCACACGCCUGCUCACCGUCAUGAAGAGGGAGCCCCCAGACUCCUCAUUCAGAUUCUGGCAGGCAAGGGCAGUGGAAAGUUUUCUCAGAGGAGCCACCUCCUAUGCAGACCAAAUGUUCCUCCUGAAGAGAGGUCUACUAGAGCACAUCCUGUUUUGCAUCAUAGACAGCGGCUGUACGUCUCGAGACGUCCUGCAGAGCUACUUUGAUCUGCUGGGAGAGCUCAUGAAGUUCAACAUUGAUGCCUUCAAAAGAUUCAACAAAUAUGUCAACACACCAGAAAAAUUUCAGACCUUCCUGACGCAGAUCAACAGCUCUCUGGUGGACUCCAACAUGCUGGUGCGCUGCAUCACCCUCUCAUUGGACCGCUUCGAGAGCCAGACUGAAGAUGUCAAAGUGGUGGAGGUGCUCUCUGAAUGCUGUCUGCUGUCCUACAUGGCCAAGGUUGAGAACAGGCUGGCCUUCCUCUUUCGACUCGUCAACAUCAUCAACGUACAGACGCUCACACAGGAGAAUGUGAGCUGUUUAAACACCAGUUUGGUGGUCCUGAUGUUGGCCAGAAGAAAGGCUAAACUGCCCUUCUACCUCAACGCCCUGCGGGAGAAGGAGUACGCUGAGAAGUACCCGGGCUGUCUGCUCAACAACUUCCACAACCUUCUGCGCUUCUGGCAGCGCCACUACCUCAACAAGGACAAAGACAGCACCUGUCUGGAGAACAGCUCCUGCAUCCCCUUCAGCUACUGGAAGGAGACGGUGUCGGUGCUGCUGGGCUCCGACAGGACUUCUCUGUGUGCCAUAGCGAGCUACAUUGACGAGCCCUACAUGGAUCUGGACAAAGACCUGCUGGAGGAUUGACCUCCGGGGGCGGCGGGGUUGGGGGGGAGUGCAGACGGUCACAGGGAGCAUGGACACCUGAAGCUGGUGCCGACUCCUCCGAGCCGUCCGGGGGCUUCACUGCGUUCCGGAUGAAAAGACUCGGCUGUUUCCCGUCUGUAUGAACGGAGACAUUAAGCGCUCCGGCUGUCACCUUCUCACUAAGAAACCCACACCCCCCCCCACACAUGGUUUAACAGACAAUUAAAGGACAUUGCAAAAUGACACAUACAUUGGUUGUUUGCUUUAGGUCCAAUAGAGCCUUUUAUAUAACCUAUACAAAAUUCUAUGAAAAAAAUAUGUAUGAUUCAACAAAGUAUAUGUUCGAAAAAAAUAUCCUUUUCACGUGGACUGGCUUUGGAAGGGACCACAGCUUGAGCCGUGACCCAGGACUCUCUCCCUCUCCCACUACCUACACCCUCUGCUGCCCUUUUUUCUUUUUUUGCAGGUGUCUUCUCAAUGAACAGCAUCUACAUUGAACCUGUCUAUGGGUCUGUUUUUAAUUAGGUGGCUUUUUUUUUAAUCUGUGCUCUCUGGCUCUACUCUGCACAUUUAAGGUAGCUUGUGGGCCGGCUAACAUGUCACACAAGCACACACGCACGGGGCUCUCAUCUGAAACCCUCCACUCUGUCGUGGCUUCAGACGUUUCACCCAGGGACUCCUUUCUUAUUAUUUUGUUGAUUUCCUUGAUGUCUUGUUUAAAAAGAAAAAACAAUGACUUUUUAGCUUUCUGGUUAAACUGUAGAAUAAAACCUUGCACAGAUUAAAUUGUUUUUAUUGUUUAUUAUAUUUUACCACUUUUUUUGUUGAUUAAAAAAAAAAACCUUUUCAUUUUGUAACGGACUUUGUAUCCAUGUUGUGAGAGAUGCUUUGGGAAGAGAAUAAACUAUGCAGGCGCUAGUGUUAAAAUACCACUUUCAUUGUUCCAGUCCAGAGUUUAUGUGAAUCGGCCUUCUGUCUCUGGGCUCCGCAAACCUUUGACUACACGCUGAGAAUGACAAUCUUUCUAUGCGAUGGCUCUUUUUUCCUUGCAUGGCACCACUCGAUCUUGAAUCUAGAUAACGAUGAAGCAGUGAGCGCAGCUGUGUCGACAGUGUGUUCACGAGCAGCUGUUUUUAUGGAAAAGGAAAGAUUUGGUGUCUCAAAUUGAACAGAUAAGUACAAAUGGAUGAGCUACCUCAUAUUUUAUCCGUACAGAUCCAAAACCACUUCUGAUGACAAGUGUACAGUUUUCCUCUGAGCAUGUCAUGAGUCAUAAUAAAUGUUCAUGUGAAUGUAUAAGGGCAUUUCUACAGUUGAUGCCAUGAGUUGCUAGUGCUAUGCCGCCUUGGGAUGCAAACACAAACGUCCUUUUACACUUUGAAAGCCUUUUAUUUGCUUUAAAGCUGAUUAACCAGAAA